AUGUCAGCGCUCGACCGUCGCGUUCUCCUCACCGGCGCAAACGGCUUCGUGGGAAGCCACAUCCUGGCCCAGCUGCUGGAUGCCGGCUUCUACGUGCGCGCCGUCGUGCGCUCGCAGGCCAAGGCAGACACCGUCCAGCGCGACCACCCCACAGCCGGACAGAAUCUCGACACGGCUGUCGUCGAGGACAUCACCGUUCCCGGCGCCUUCGACGCCGUCCUCCAGGCCCAGCCCGCCCUCGACACGGUCAUCCAUACCGCGUCUCCCUUCCUGUACAGCGUCGCCAAUGAUCCCCGCGACUUCCUCGACCCGGCUGUCAAGGGCACGGUCGAAUUGCUCAAUUCCGUCAAGAAGACGGCCCCCAGCGUGAAGAGAGUCAUCAUCACCAGCAGCUUCGCUGCCGUCGGGGACUUCAGUCAGAUCCCAGACGCGGGCAAGACAUACACGGGCGCAGACUGGAAUCCGAUAACGUGGGAAGAAGCCCUGGCCACCAAGGACUGGAGUGUCGCGUACCGCGCCAGCAAGAAAUUUGCGGAGAAAGCGGCAUGGGACUUCGUGGAACAAGAAAAGCCUGGAUUCGAUCUCGUCGCGCUCAACCCGCCCAUGGUGUACGGCCCAUUGCGACACACCAUUGCCAGCAUUGCCCAGCUGAACGAGUCGAAUCUGCGCAUUUGGCGACUCUUCCUCGACACCAGCAAAGAUGCAGACAUCCCUCCCAACGGUUUGCCUCUGUACGUUGACGUUAGAGAUGUCGCCCGCGCACAUGUCGCUGCCGCUCUCACUCCAGCUGCCCGCGGGCAGCGGUUCCUGGUCACUCCAGGAAGCGUCUCUUCCCAGGAGAUCGCGGACCUGCUGCGGGCCAACAUCCCCGAGCUGGCCGAGCGCACCCCUGUUGGCAAGCCGGGGGACAAGCCUCCCCCUCUCGCCUUCACGGCAGACAGUCGUCCCGUGCAACAGGUCCUGGGAGUCACCUUCCGGAGCAAGGAGAGCACCUUUGUGGAACUUGCCAAGCAGUUGCUCGAGGUGGAAAAGGCGCAGAGCCAGUGA